UGACCGCUAGAAUAUACUGGCAUAUCUUUGUUUUCUAAUGGUGUCUUGAAUCUUUUUUCAUUUUUAUAUGCUGGUUUUGCAUCGCUUAUUACUUUUUAGUCAAAUUCUGCAAAUCUCCAGUCAAGUGGUACUUGUAGGAAGUUUCACACCUGUGCUAAAAUAUUAUCUCUCAGCUGCCCCAAAUAUAAAAAGAAUAUCUGUUGUCAUUUUAAGAAUAUAUUUUUGAGCAAGUGAAAAUUGAAAGUUAAACCUUCUUGGGGCUAUUUAUGUGGAUGUUUAAUUAAUUAUUUUCUUAACACCAUGCUCACUAGGAAGGUUGUUUGUUACUGUUCUAUUUUUUUCUCAAGAUUUAUGGAACACAUUGUCGUAGCAUUUUCCAGGAAUUGACCAUGGAGAUUCAAGAGUUUGAGAAGCAAAAGGACAAACUUGAAACUGAAUUGAAAAGGGAAGAACGAGAGCAGUUUGAUGAUGCAAGCAAUGAGAUAUUAAUGUACUUGAAGUCAAAGGAAGACGAUCUUUCAAGAUCGAGUGCUUCAUGUAAAACAGAAGCAAAUGUGGUCAAUAUAUGGCUUAAAUUUCUGGAAGACACCUGGAAUCUCCAGACAGCACAAAACGAUAGCAGGGAGAAGCAGGUCGUGUUAGAAGUAGCACAAAGGAUCGACAAGGAAAGUCCAAAAACAAGAAUUAAAAGAAAAGCUCUUGAAGAGGAAUAUUUGAAUCUGGAAGGAAAGUUUUUAACUGCUCUAAGUAUAGUGGAUGCAAUGCAAAAACAAUUUUGCAUGCAGAGUGAAGGCAUUUACAGGAAAGAAACUGAAGGGGUCAGAGAGCUAUUUGAUGCUCUUGCAAAAAUAAAAGAGGAAUUUGAAUCCGUUGAGAGGCUGACUUUGAAAGUUGAGACUCCAACACUAAGACUACAAUCACGAUUGCCUGAUAAAAAUUUAUCUCCUACCUCCAGCUAAAUUUCUGAAGCACAGAACAAACGAGAGAAAGUUGAGUUUUACUUGAUUAACAAAGACCAAGUGUCGGACAUGACUGCAGAAUUGGAGAAACUAGAUUCAGAUUUUGGGAGGAGUAGCAGAGGCAAUUCCUCAGAAGAUAUUUCUGAUUGGGAGUUUGACGUACAUGAUAAGGAUCUACAAAUCAGUGGUUAAACAACCAGGACAUACACUUAGUAUAGGUAAAUCUUUGUUAACUUUAUUGCAAGGUGAUGCACAUUGAGAAACCCAGAUUUCUCCAUACCGGAUGGAUAUCUAAUCACUUAUUACCAAGUCCAAGUUCAAGAAAAAUUGGUGAUGGAACUGGGUGUUCACAGAUUUAUUUGAUGUGUAAUGAUCGAAUUUCUGAUGACCAAAUGUAGAUAACCUGGUGGAAGUAUCUUUUGAUUAUACAAGAUAUCAGAAAGAUUUGAUUGAGCAAGGAGUAUUUGUUAGCAACACUGAGGAAAUGGCAAAGGAUUUUGACCUUGUAUCUUUACAUGACCCAUUUAGAGCUGCAAGUGGGUAUUAUUCCUCAACCUCUCUCUCUAUAUAUAUGCCUCUUUCAUUUUCAUUUGUAUUAAGCUAUAUUCUCUUGGUUAAUUCUUUUCAAAAUUGAAAUUCAUU